AUCCAAAUAAAUUAUCUUCACUAACUCAAGUGAAUAACUUCUAUAUAAAUGGGGGUGUAAGCGAUCUUCAAUUUACACAACUCACUAGUCGUCUCUAGCUAACCAUGGCAUCUCUUGUAGAGAAACAACUCCUUAAGUCCCUCUUCUCAUUCUUCUUAUUAGUCCUACUCUUUUCCGAUACUGUUUUUUCGUCCCGAAAAACAUUUGAUCAGAGAAAACCUUGCAAACACUUUUCCUUCUACUUUCAUGACAUCCUCUACGAUGGUGACAAUGUAGCAAACGCAACCUCAGCCGCUAUAGUGAGCCCGCCAGGAUUAGGAAACUUCAAGUUCGGUAAGUUUGUGAUCUUUGAUGGCCCCAUAACAAUGGACAAGAACUAUCUCUCAGAACCUCUAGCUCGCGCACAAGGCUUCUAUUUCUAUGACAUGAAGAUGGACUUCAAUGCGUGGUUUUGCUACACCUUGGUGUUUAACUCGACGCAACACAAAGGGACAUUGAACAUAAUGGGUGCGGAUUUGAUGAUGGAGCCGACAAGAGAUCUAUCGGUCGUGGGUGGGACGGGUGAUUUCUUCAUGGCUCGUGGGAUCGCUACCUUCGUGACGGAUAUAUUUCAAGGGGCUAAGUAUUUCCGUGUUAAGAUGGAUGUUAAACUCUAUGAAUGUUAGUAACUAACUGCAUGUGUUUGAUUCUUAAAGCUUGUGUGUUGACGCACAGAUAAAAUGUAUUACUAAAAAUAAGUGUUUUUGUUCUGUUUUAUUUUAUAGUUUUUCUGUGUGUUUUCGUUUAUGAUUUAUAAUUCUUGAUGUUCUUGUCAGAAGACGUAAUGAAAAGAAUGUUUCAGUA